UGCUCUUGUUCUUGCAUCAUUCCAUUGCAGAAGCAAGAAACAAUCCAACGUCGAAGUGCUGGGGGCCGAUUCACUUACCGGCACAAGAACUGGACGCUCGUUAGGCGGAAGCCUCUAUUGUCCAUCUGACCUGACCUGACCUGAAACAUGGGCAUUAACUGGUUGGCCAGGGUGCGAUACGGGUUUUUCCGUUUUAGAUCCAUCAAUAACUGAGCACUUCAUCAAUUCCUGGCUCAACGAUCCACUCAAGAUGAAACACUCACGGGAUUCUCCUAUCGUUCCAGUCCCCAUCUGAACUGAACUGAACUGAACUGAACUGACCUUGAAUGUUGUCAUGCGAAGGUGAUGCACCUGUUUUUGUUGUACUUGGGGUCCUGAAUUUUCACAUUCAGACUGGGAUCAUUCCAAUAAUGUAACAGGUAAUCCCUAAUGAAUGAAAAGAAAGAUUGAGAAAUUUUUGGAUGUCAUUUUCGGCUUCCUUAUGCGUCGAACGGACUUCUACCAUAUCAUGACACCAGAUCAGAAAAAGCUUGGCUUUCCUCCCGGUGUCAGUGCACGAAUGGUUAUUCAGUCUUUCGAACGCUACAAGUCGUUAUUCGAAAGGUAUGAAGAAGAAAGACAGGCUGAUCUCACCUCCCGCUCCAAUCCUGUGCCCAGUGACCAGACUCCAAAGGUGGACUCCACGAAACCUGUGCUUGAUUCUACGAUACAGGAAGUAAAUGGAGACGUCGAGAACACUCCAAGGGUUGCUGCGCAAGAAGUUCCCAGCCAGAUUCCGGUGGCUAACGACGACUCCAAGAGCUCGCCAACAGUUUACCAGUCGGAUCCCGAAUGCUAUAAUGGAGCCACACGAGAUGCAUAUACGUGGAGUCAGACUAUCAAAGAUAUUGACAUCAGAGUAAAGGUUCCACCGAGUGUUAAAACUGCGAAGGAUUUGCGAGUGGCAGUCGAUCGGAAACGUAUCCAGAUCGCGUUAAAAGCUGACGAAGUGAACAGGCCUUAUUUUGAUGGAAUCCUUUGCUGGGACAUUCUCAAAGAUGACGCCGUUUGGACAUUGCAUCCAAAAGAGAAUCAUAUCCAUUUCUGUUUGGAUAAAGUACAAGAGCGGUGGUGGGAAGCUGCAUUCGAAGGUGAAGACAAGAUAAACACUCGGAAAAUUGAUUGUUCCCGACCGAUGCAUGAAUUGGAUGAAGAAGCACAGGCUAAAAUACACCAGUUGAUGUAUGAUGAACAGCGUAAACGUCAAGGCCUUCCCACCAGCGAGCAGCAGCGGAUGCAAGAUAUGCUUGCAAAAGCUUGGAAUCAAGAAGGCUCACCAUUUCGCGGUACUCCGUUCGAUCCCUCCAAAAUUAACAUUGCGCCGUCAUAAAGAAUGUUCUGUUCUAAUCUGCACUAUAUUGUGCCUCCAGAUGAUACUGUUCAACUAAAUAUUACUUGCCAAUGGC